GGCGGCGAGGGCGGGGCUGGUGGCCGGAAGUAGCCGCCCGUGACUGAUUUGUGCUUCUGGGUAACCUCCGUCGCCUUGUCUGCUCUGGAGCCGCUGGAUCUGCGGAACCCUGGGGCGCUUUUCGAUACUCUGGGAAGGAGGAAAUCCGUAGGCUAGAGUUCCAGGUGAGGCCUAUUUCGAGCACAAGAAGGAGGAGCCGCAGAUGGUGAGCGAGAGGAACCGCGACCUGAUCGAGGCGGCGGACACCAUCCGCCAGGUGCGCCGCUGCGCCGAGUGGCUGGUGGACGCGGUGAAGGCCACAGACCAGUACUGCGCCCGCCCCUGCCAGGCCGGCUCGGCCGGGCCCGGGCCCCCAGGGCCCCGAAGCCACAGCCACCCCCCAGAAGUUCUACAGCAUGGCUGUCCAGAUGAAUCUGCAGUUAGAAAUUCCUGAGGCCUGGAGCUCCAAGGAAGCCUCUCAGUAGGUGCGAACCACACAGUUCUACCUGCUCUGCUGCCACCCUCAGUCUGCACCAGCUGGCUUCUAGUUCCUGAUACUGAACCAUCCUCUGAAUUUCCUACACUCGUCCAGCAGAUGGCAGCAGCCAGCCACUUCCGGUAAGUGGAUUCUGAAGAAAACUCUGGUGGCACUGUACAGUGGCACACGCCUGUAAUCCCAGCACUCAAGAGGCUGAAGCAGGAGGAUUGGUGGGAGUUGGAGGCCAGCCUGAACUACAUAGCGAGACCCUGUCUUCAAAACAAACAAACGAAAAAACAGAAAAUGAAGUUCUCUGAUCACGGCCAGGCCUCACCACCACAAUUUUGUGGAAUCUGUCUUCCUUUCCCAGUAUACUCAGGCUCUUCACCUUUUCUACACAAAAGCAAGAUGCUGCUCAAAUGCAAGCCAUGUCUGCCCGAGCUGUAGCUGAGGCCCUGUACUCUGCCUUGCUCUUAGAGGAGAGUUCUCCCCUCCAGGACUUCACAGACCUCUCGAUGGCCAGAAAGGAACUAUCCAGACCCUUCUCAACCACCCGUGCCAUGGUGGGUGUGACUUUUUUCCAGAAUUUUAUCCCUAAAUACAGGACAGAGGGCUGGGGAUUUAGCUCAAUGGUUCCACUGCCUGCCUCGCAAGCACAAGGUCCUAAGUUCGAUCCCCGAUACCAAAAAAAUAGAAUAUAUAUGUAUAUAUAUAUAUAUAUAUAUAAAACAGAGCAGGGUGAGCUGAGGGAAACUGGGGUAUCCAGAGUGUUUGGUCUUUAACUUUACUAAUGGAAAUUGUUUAAAGAGGAUAUAGAAGACUUGAACUCAGGGAAUCAAAGUAGAAUGGUGGUUACCAGAGGCUGAGGGGCAAGAUAAGAGGACUGGAGAGAUGUCGAUUUAAGGACAUGAAUUUUAUUUACACAGGAGAAACAAUUUCAGGAGACCUAUUGAUCAGCAUGGUGACUAUAUGUAAGUGUUCUACCACCAGAUAAGUAUAGUCAGUUUUUUUCACUGGAGAGAGGCCCCAGGCCCAACUCUGUGGGUUUUCUUAUUGAAAGGCAAAGAUGCUUUUACCUGCAUCCUCAGAGCCAUUACCUGGUUUGUGUGUGGAGAGACUAUUGUAGUGAUACAGAUGCAAAGAAGUAGGGGAGGUAGGCUGGGAACUCUGAAUACCUUCUUGUCUUCCUGAAUGCUGGCUUUUCUCUUUGUCAGUGCUGAGUACUUCAUUCAAAUGCAGAAUAUUCCUAUUUUUACUGACCUGAGAGAAGCACAGUACUAGAUUUACAGACCUCCUAAUCCUGGUCACCCUGGAAGGUGGAAAUCACUUCAUUAUAAUGGAUAUAAUUCAAAACAUCUUCUCCUGGAUUUAGACUUCUAAAUCUUUUCUUUCUCUCCCUGAUGACCCUCCCAUUUCUAUCACCAGCUGGACUUCCUAGAUUCGGAUUUCCUCUGCCUAAUUAACAUUUCCAAUUAGAUUUCUCCAAUUUAAAUACCUCAAAUGGAAUUCUUGAUUCCCCACAACACCUGUUGGCCUCCCUGAGCCCCUACCCUGGGCUUCCUGUGUUCUGGCCCCACGUGCCCCUCCCCACCAGGUCCUGACUGCCUCACCUGCACAUAUUUCCCACCCACUUGUCCCUCUCUGCAUGUCUGCCCCAGCCUUUCACCAGGCUUCAGGCCUGUCUUACCCUCCUCACCAGAACUGCCCCCAACGGAUCUGCCCACUCUCAUUCCGGCAUCUCUCCUACCCAGUCCACAGCAGUCCAAGUGACCCUAAAACUUACAUCAGGUUCAUUCACACUUGCCCUUUUAAAGGUUUUGAUGUUGACGUGCAUGCCUGUGAUCAUAGUAGUCUGAGAGGCUGAGGUAGGAGGAUUGCAAGUUCAAGCCCCGCCUGGAAAAUAUAGCUAGACCCUGUAUCAAAUACAAAAUUUUAAAAGGGCUGUGCUUGUAGCUCAGUGCUAAGGUCCUCUGUUUUAUCCUUAGUACUGCGAAAGAAAGAGAGAGGAGAGAGAGAAAAAGAGAGAGAGAAGAAGAAGGAGGAGGAGGUGGGGAAGAGGAGGAGGAGGAGGAGAAAAAGAAGAAAAAGAAAGAAAGUGGGCUGGGAUUUAGCUCAGUGGUGCUGCCGCCUGCCUCACAAACGAAAGCUCCCAAGUUCAAUCCCCCGCACCAAAAAAAAAAAAAAAAGGAAGUCCAAGAUGUAUAAUUCCUAAUGUGAUUUUUUUUUUAAAAAGCCAAGUUGUCAUUAUAAUAUCAAUACAGAAGCAUUAUAUUCUUACCUGAAGGAGUUCUUGCACAUACUGUAUUUAAGCAUCUUUUGGUGGCACCCAGAGACCGCUGAAUUGUGGUUAUUGAGCAGAUAUUCUGUCCUUUUCACUUCAGAAAGACUCUCACUCAACUUCUUUUCAAUAUUUUGAGGUUCUUCCUACCUGUCUUUCUUACUCUGUCUUCUCAUGGCUCUUCUGCCACUUAGAAUGAAAUCUGCCACGGUCCUGGAUUGUGGAUAUUGGGAAAGCCUGGUGAGACCUAUAUGUGAAGGAAUCCUGGUACUGAGUGGUUGGGAUGCCCUCUCCUAAAGAGGAAAAGCUCUGCCCAAGGAGCGGCACACUCAGCUGUUGGAGCAGCGCACUGUUGACAGGGUGCGGCCCCCAGGGAUGGGUUCAGUUCCAGAAGAUGUCUUAAAGGACAUUGAUGUACACACUCGCCUCGUAAGUGACCUCAAGUGUGGACUCAAAAUCCAAGCAGAAACAUUUAAUAUUGGUGGGAAUAAUGAGCAUCCCUCACCACCCCCAAAUGUUGACUACUCGUUAAAUGGAAAGAUUUUACAUCUCCUUGGACCAGUCAGAAAUUUGGUUGUGGGAAUCCUUUUUUGAACUAGAUAAUGAAGAGAAAUCACUUGCCACUGUAAUACUGGAUUUCCUCCCACAGUGCCCAGUCAAUACCCAGAAGCAACUUGCAGAGAAUGUGGUAGUCCUCGGUGGCACCUCUGUGUUGUCAGGAUUUCUCCACAGAUUGCUUACAGAAAUAAGAUAUUCAGUAGAAAAACCAAAAUACCAAAAAGUAGUUGGCACCAAGACAUUCCCAACUCCUACUCUACCUGCAAAGGCCGAUUGUGUGGCCUGGGUGGGAGGGGCUGUCCCUGGACCUCAGUGGGAUAUCCUUGGGAGCCUUUCAGUUUCAAAGGAAUAUUAUAAUUGACAGACAUACAGCUGAAUGGGGCCCUCUCAUAAUCCAUCUUUGGAAAUGAUGUUUGAUGUUGGAAAAGCUCAACCACUUCCCAUGAAGAAGGUAUUUUCCACUGAGAAAGAAAAGUUUUGUGAAAUUCACUUUUGUUUCAUUUCAAAUAGUCAAUUACAACAAAUUGCACCAAAUGUCUAGGAUGGUUUAUUACAGGGGACUUUAGUGGAAAUGAAAGUAUCUCUAUUCUUCACAUUAAUGUUUAAUUCAUUUGACUUUGUUUCUCUUAUAUAGUGGUAAAAUGGUAGCUGAUGCUCAUGAGAUUUGUUGUAUUUAUACCAAUAAAAUAGAGUUAAGCAAUUUA